GCGCUCCGAGGGUGGGGCCGGGGCGGGGCGCGGAUCCGGCGGGCCCGGGGAUGCGGCUGUCGGCGGGCGCGCGGCGGCGCGUGGCCGCGGUGCACGGGGAUUCGCCGCUGCCCGAGCGCCUGCGGUUCUACGACGGCUGGGCCGCCCAGUACGAGCAGGAUGUGGCAACGCUGGAGUACCGGGCACCGGCCCUGGCUGCCGCUUCGCUCGCCUCCGCCUUCCCCGCGCCUCCCGCCGAGGCGCGGCUGCUCGACGUGGCCUGUGGCACCGGGCUCGUAGCGCGGGAGCUCCACCGGCGCGGGUUCCGCUGCUUGCACGGCGUGGACGGCAGCGCGGGGAUGCUGGAGCGGGCGCGGAGCACCGGGCUGUACCGGGAGCUGCGGCGGUGUGUGCUGGGCCCGGAGCCGCUGCCCGCGCCCGCAGAGCACUACGAUGCCGUGACCGUGGUGGGGGCGCUGGGCGAGGGGCAGGUGCCCAGCUCGGCUGUGACAGAGCUGCUCCGGGUCACCAAGCCGGGAGGUUUCAUCUGCAUGACAACCAGGAGUGACCCCUCGAACCUGCGGUACAAGGCAGAGCUGGAGGCAGCGCUGGAGCAGCUGGGGGCGCAGGGAGCCUGGCGGAAGGUCCUGUCCCAGGAGGUGGAGCACUGGGAGAGGGCGACCGCUGAGCAGGACAGCACCCAGGGCACCGGCUACAUCUCCGGGGUGGUCUACAUCUACCAGAAGUGCCCCGUGUCCCCCCUUGAGGAGGGCUGAGAGCCACCAUGGUUCUGGGGAGCUGGGUGAGCACGUGGCCCCACAUAAAACCCAACCCAGCGACCCUCCUGGAGCUGGGCAGCUGCUAGGGGGUGAACAAUGUUUUUGGGGAGCCUCCUCAUUCCCUUCCCCGGCUCCUUCUCCCCUGGCAACCUUGCCCAUUCCUCAGCCUGGGGAGGGUCUCCUGGUUUCAGUGGGGUCUCCUGGGCACUACUGUUUGCUCUGACAUUCAGGUACUGUCCCCAGCACCUUGGCCCUCACCAUCACAUCUUGCAGACUGACUGUUCAGAGCCAUCUCCUGUCCAGGAUUUCUUCUCCCUGCCGUGCUCACCUCUCAGCCCUCAUGGUCAAAAUCUAGACCCUUCUUCAUCCUCCCCACCCCAGACCCCCAUGGUCUUUACCUGGGGAGUGUUGGAGGUGGGUCCCCAUCGCCAUGUCCUGCGCUUCCCUCAUCUUCAUCCUCCCCAGGAGUUAACCCAGCGCACCCUGAGCUGCAGGAGACGUCCACAGCUGCACCAACGUGACACCCAGCCGGAGAAGCUCUCCAAGCACCACAUCAGCCUUUCAUCCCACAGCAGCUGCUUAAGAUUCUCACCUUCCUACAUCUUUGUAGUUAAUGGUCCGGGUGGGAAAUGAGGCUGGAAGGCUCCCAGGAGCACCCGGCAUCGCCGGCCCAGCCUGUUCCCCAGCCCCUCACCCAGCUGCCUCCACCCCUCCUCCUCCUCCACUGCUCCCUUGGGAAGUUUUUUACCCAAAUCUCUUGCUGGGAUAUUUCCUUUUUAUCUUUUCUCUUUCCCAGACCUGUUCCUGCUCGUCCCGUUCCCAUGGCCCUGGGGAAGGUUCCUUCCUUCUCCUCAGGAGCUCGUCCCAGGCAGGAAGUGGUGACUGUCUCUCCUUGUCCCCGUUCCCCACCCUGGGCAUCCCACCCCUCCCACACUCAACUUCCCCAUGGUUCCUAUCACCCCUGUGUGUUGUCCCGCCAGGUCUUGGGGUUCAUGCACCCAUUGUGGGUGGCUGCCCUGCUCCCCUCUCCCGUAUUUGUACCCUGGGGGACAAUCCCACCUGUUGAGUAAACUCCCUGCCUCUGUU